CGACUCUUUAUCAGAAAGGAAGGAAGACUCUCAGUCUUCAGUGAGAGUGUAGCCGGCGGAACAGCAGCAGCAGUGAAGGGUUUUGUGUGCGAGCAACCUGAACGCUGCAGAGAGAAACUCUCAGAAUGAAGAUCACAGACGGGACCCAAGUGAUCCAGGAGGGAGUGCUGGAGAAGCGCAGCGACAGCCUGCUGCAGCUCUGGAAGAAGAAAUACUGCGUCCUGACCCGGGACAGUGUCGGUCUCUACCCGGAUUGCCAGAAGCGUUCCCGGAGGAAGGAGCUGGCCCUCCAGCAGAUCCGGACGGUGGACUGCGUGGAGAGGACCGGCAAGUACAUCUACUUCACCGUGGUGACAACCGACAACAAGGAGAUGGACUUCAGGUGCCUGGGGGAGAGCUGCUGGCACUCGGCUAUCACCAUGGCUCUCAUCGAAUUCAAGAACAGGAAAGCCAUUCAGAGCUUCAAAUCCCGGCAGGAAAGUGAGAGUCCGUCCCCGGACCAACAGGAGAAGGUGUUGGGAAGGUCACCUUAAACCUGCCCUCAGUCUCCAACACCUCUCCCCGUUGCUGCACAGACAGCCAAAGUCUCAACUCGAGUUGCGGAUGAAGGAAUCCUUGAGUGAUUGAGAGCGGUUCAAACACUCUUCCAUCCUCUGAGCUGCUUCUGCCAAAUUGAUCUGAGCCGCUGCAUUCGGAGCCAGCGGAAAGCCAGGUUCCAAAACCAGGCUGAAAGAAAGCUGUAGGAGGCAGACUAGAAAUCUUUUUCUCUAUUUAUUUGUCUGUUGCAAUACCCAAGAACUUUUAUCUCUUUGCAUCAACGUUUCACAUAAAUUAUUUUGUAAUCUAAUUGUGCAUAUUUAUUAAAGUU